AUGACCAUCUCAAUUGGCAGCACACGAGCUGCAGAAAUGGAAAAGGGAAGCGUGCUUGGCGAGCUUCUCUUCACCUACUCGGACGACGAAUUGGACCAUGACCCCAACACUUAUCUCGAACCUCAGACCCCUCACCGUGAGCGACCAAAGAGAGCGAUAUGGAAGCAACUCUCGUCUCUUCGACCGCAACUCGACUUCCUGUCGACUUGCUCAAAAGAGCAACAGCUCGAUUUUGUCAGAUCAAGUCUGGCCCAACGUGGAUUUGCAGCAUUACCUCACCAUAGCCGAGUUCUUGCGCAGCAGGGCAUCGAAUCGCAGCCAGACUACUCUGCGUUUGUCCAGGAGAACUUGGACUUGAUGAAAAACAUCACCGGUGCGGACCAUGUCAUUCUGUGGAACACGGCCAAGCGCGACUCGACCGUCUCUGUAUCUGCCAGCUUGUCUGACGAUCACCAACGACAACGUCAACCACAAGGCAUCGAGUCAAGGUUUGACCAACCGCUCGAGCCACCAGCCCUUUAUGCCCACAUUGAUCAGGACCCCACCUACGGCAUAAAGGUGUGCUCGAUGGCAAUUGCAGGUACGCCAUCGUUGCUCGACCAGCCAACUGCUAUGGAUCCGUUCGAGGCGAUCGACAGGCAAUUAGCCAAAGAGUUUUCCAGAACAAUGAUAAUCAAUCUCUGGAGGCCCGUGGGAGGCACCGUAUACGCAAAACCUCUGGCGGUAGCCGACUAUAGGUCGCUCAACAAAAAAUCGCUGUCGAGACAUGCCAAUCCUUUCGGAUGCGGCUACGAUAUCCACGCUCAUGCCGAUCAACAGUGGUACUUUAUUCCUCACCAGACCAACGACGAGAUCCUCGUCUUUAAAUGCUACGACUCGCUCUCGCUUCAACAGCAACAAUCGUUGGACUCCAAUGACGAAGCCGAGGCCCUCUAUGGAGCUCACUGUGCAGUCACAAGCCUAAAAGGUGACUAUCCCACUCCACCGCCCGACGCUCCACCAAGGAAGAGCGUCGAAUUCCGCUUCGUCGCUGUCUGGCGUUGA